ACACUUAUGAUCACAUUCAACGAAAUAUAACCACCACCUUCAACACCAAUAAUGGCACUCAACCGAAUUUAAACAGGCAACGUCAAAGUCAACAAAAUCAGGGUUUAACUGAUAAAUCAGUCAAAUUCCAAGGGUUUGAAAGGGAAUCACAUCCAAAGGGUCAAAAAUUUGAUCAACAAAGUCAUAAAAAGAUGUCAACAAAUCCCAUAAAGCCCUCGGGCCUUCACAAAGUGCAUCUUGGGAAUACGAGGUUUCAAAAUGGCGAGUGGUGCUGGCACCCUCGAAGAACAAGUCAGGUCGGCCGUCAGAUCCGCCGUAAGAGAAGAACUAUCCUCAUGAAGUGGAAGUCAGUCAUUAGUGGAGAGAACGAGGCAAUUAAUAAGUGCAUCUGCUUCCUCAGCUUCUGGUGCUUUAAACGAAGCGUCUGCACUCAGUGUCGAAAGCACAAAGCCACAAAUGAAGCACCAAAACAGAGUGCCACCUCAUCGCCUUUGGUUUAAAAAAAGCUAAUUAUAAGCAAUCAACGAAAGUGCAAGUCGUCCCUAAAAGUGUUUACCUUUUACAGGAACCCAACAUUGAUGCUGACAAGGAAUAUGGUCUAAUCGACAACAUGAUUGUGAUCAAAGGUCAGUGCGAUUUUUAUCCUGAUUACUCAGAAGAAGAGAUACGGUCGGAGUUGGUUUCCUUGUUCAAGACAAAGUUACCGCUUAUUACAAGGAGGGAUUUGGACUUCGUGAAAAGGGGUAGAAAUACUAUUUCUGUGCCAGUAGUUAAAGAGAAUCACAAGUGGAACUUUAAACAUCUUUGUGGCACAGGACGGCUGUAUCUAAGAUUGAAUGUGGCACGGGAAACCCUAGUCACAAGUGAUGAUGAAGGAGGUGAUCAGCAUGAAAGCACUGAAAGUCAAUAAUCUGUGCAAGCUGGUAACAACCAGCCAAAUGUCCUGGGUGUUAGUUCUGGAAGUAUGCAAGUGGGCACAAUUGAUGAAGUUGAGUGUUACAGCUCCCCUCAGUGGUCUUAUCAGUCUGUGGAUUCAUCAUUCAUUGAUAAUGGUGUUGAGUCUUUGUCACCCAGUUUUACAAGUGCAAGUAGAGAAACUGUGAGGGACUCACUACUAACAUACCAGGACAUUGGGCUUGCUGCAGAUGCUUUGCGUGAAAGCACAAUGAAGAAGGAAGCAAAAGAUGAAAGUGUACACCAAAUCCUGAACAGACUUAAGGUCUCCAUGAAGCCAUAUGUGUGUUCGGAAAAGCUAAAGGUUGACAGAGAGGAUACGGUCAUGGACUUUUUUCAGUUUUACAAGAGUGUUCAUUUUGAUCCAGUGAUACCCAUCAAAGUGCAGAUCAACGGAGAGCCAGCUGUAGAUACAGGAGGACUGCUUAGACAAGUAUUCACAGAUGUUUUUGCUGAACUUGCAAGUGGUUCAUCUUGUCUUCGUUUAUUCAGAGGUAUGCUUGCAAGACUUACUCCUGUGUACAGCACUGAACAUCUUUUGACAGGUGUAUUUAAAGUUUUGGGGAAGAUGAUAGCACACAGUUUAAUUCAAGGUGGACCUGGCUUCCCUUAUCUCACCCCUGGGAUAUACUGGUACAUAGCCACUGGGGAUUUGUCAGAAGCAGUUGGAAGGUCCUCUUUUGUGGAUAUUGGUGAUAGUGAACUUGCUGGCUUUGUUGAAAGGCUACAAUACAAGAUAUCACAGUCCAGAAUUCCUAAAUAUCAUCAUUAUUCUGAGUUUAGAUUAAAGAUGGUUCUGCAGAUGAACUUUGGGAAAUCUCUCAGGAUGACAGCUUUUUGAGGUUCAUGCAAGAGUGUGGGCAAAGUAGAAACCUAACAGAACAGAACAAGUGAGAGGUCGUUCACUGCCUUGUGUUGAAUGACACCAUAUUGAAACAUAAGGCUAUUCUUGAUCAGCUUUGGAGCGGUUUAUCAAUUCUGGGCUUCAAAAAAGAGCUGGAAAAAGCUCCAGCAAAAUUUGAGCAUUUUUUUGUUCACAGCAGUGAUGAAGUAACACCAACCUCUGUCAAGUCACUACUGAAACCUCCUGUUACUGAUGAUACACAAGUGAAAAAUGUCAUGCAGAUGCUCUAUUCAUUUAUACAGAAUUCAUCAGUAGAUGAUCUGUAUGAUUUUUUAUCUUUUACCACUGUUUCAAGAUCCAGUACUUCCAUUUUUGUGCCUGGUUCAAUAGCAGUGUCAGUUGGAAACACAGAGGCCAUUUUUGCUUCAACCUGUACAUUAGAGUUAAAGCUGCCCUCUGGGUUUGCCAGCUACCCUGAAUUUGAAAGUUUUAUGAGGGCAGUGUUUAGGGGAAAGAAAAUGUACACUACUGUGUAACCAAGCUGUACCCAAACUUUCUUUGUAAAGUAACACACAGUUACCUGAAUUUGAUCAAUAACUUAAGAAAUUGAUUGAAAAACUAGUC